UAACCCAGUCUAUUCCUAUCUAUCUAUCUAUCUAUCUAUCUCUAUCUAAUCCAGUCUAUUCCAUCUUUCUAUCUAUCCCAGUCUAUUCCUAUCUAUCUAUCUAUCUAUCCCAGUCUAUUCCUCAUCUAUCUCUAUCUAUCUAUAUCUAUCUAUCUAUUCCUAUCUAUCUAACCCAUCUAUUCCUAUUCUAUCUAUCUAUCUAUCCAUCUAUUCCUCAUUCAUAUCUAAUCCAAUCCAGUCUCAUUCCAUCUAUCUAUCUAUCUAAUCUUUCCUAUCUAUCUAUUCAUGUUCAUCUAUCUAUCUAUCUAAUCCAGUCUAUUCCAUUCAUCUAUCUAUCUAUCUAUCUAUCUAUCUAUCUAUCUAUCUAUCUAACCCAUCUAUUCCAUAUUCAUUAUCUAUCUAACCCAGUCUAUUCCAUCUAUCUAUCUAUCUAUCUCCUACCCAGUCUAUUCCAUAUUCAUCUAUCUAUCUAUCUAUCUAACCCAGUCUAUUCCUAUUCAUCUAUCUCUAUCUAUCUAACCCAGUCCAUUCCCAUUCAUCAUCUAUCUAUCUAUCUAUCUAUCUACCCAUCUAUUCCAUAUUCAUCUAUCUAUCUAUCUAUCUAUCUAACCCAGUCUAUUCCCAUCUAUUUAUCUAUCUAUCUAUCAGUCAUCUAUCUAAUCCAUCUAACCCAUUCUAUCUAUCCAUCUAUCUACUCAUCCAUCCAUCUAUCUAACCCAGUCUAUUCCCAUUCAUCUAUCUAUCUAUCUAUCUAUCUAACCCAGUCUAUUCCAUAUUCAUCUAUCUAUCCUACCCCAUCUAUUCCCAUCUAUCUAUCUAUCUAUCUAACCCAGUCUAUUCCUAUUCAUCUAUCUAUCCAUCUAUCUAUCUAUCUAAUCCAUCUAUUCAUUCAUCUUCCUAACCCAGUCUAUUCCUAUUAUCUAUCUAUCUAUCUAACCCUUUCCUAUUCCCAUCUAUCUAGUCAUCUAUCUAUUCAUCUAUCUAUCUAUCUAACCCAGUCUAUUCCAUAUUCAUCUAUCUAUCCAUUCUAUCUAUCUAACCCAUCUAUUCCCAUCAUCAUCAUUCAUCUAUCUAUCUAUCUAACCCAGUCUAUUCCAUCUAUCUAUCUAUCUAACCCAUCUAUUCCAUUCAUCUAUCUAUCUAUCUAUUAUCUCCUAUCCCAGUCUAUUCCAUGUAUCCAUUAUCUAUUUAUCUAUCUAUCCCAGUCUAUUCCAUGUCAUUCAUCUAUCUAUCCAUCUCCUACCCAUCUAUCCAUGUUCAUCCAUCUAUCCAUCCCAGUCCCAGUCUAUUCCAUCCAUCAUCCAUCUAUCUAUCAUCUAUCUAUUCCAUUUUAUCUAUCUAACCCAGUCCAUUCCCAUUCAUCUAUCUAUCCAUCUAUUCAUCUAUCUAUCUAG